AUGCCAAAGCGGUCCAUCGAUGCUAGUAGCGUGUCGGACGAAAUCGCACCGGAUAGGGCUACUCAACGCAAGACGGAGAGAUCUCAUGAGGAAAACCAGGAAAGGGCUUACAUCGCAGCGUCGAGGCGCGCGGACCGCAGCAUUGAGGCCAGGGUGAAGUCGGCUCAAAUGGCUAGCGAUAUCCACAAACGCCGAACAGGGAAGGGCUUCAAGAUUUCGGAGCAGAUCGUCCGGGCCGAGGAAAUGUAUGAGGAAGAAGACGAUGACAUGCCCCGGUCCUACAGAAUGCUCGCCUCACACCUCCAGACCAACUCCCCCGAGCUGAAUUAUAGGGUGAACGCCUUCAUCGCAAACCGCGUGGCCUUGGCAAGUAUGGUGGCGGGUCUUCGUAACGAGGAUUGGCAGCAGAAUCCCAUCAACAAGAUGUUUGCCGAGCAAUUCCCCAACGCAGACAAGCAUGCUCAGGCCAUGAACCGGAACCUGGCGGCGAACUCUGCGUACUACGGCCCGGUGGUCGGCCAUGGCUCGCCUCCUCCGCAACGCGAAGGCUCCGCAUCCAGCCCUAUGUCUCCAUCUUUCGGUCCGGCCAACUACCACCCACGAGGUCAUCCAUCUCACGAAAGGUCCCACUCCAGAGAGCUAUCCGACAGGCGGGACAGUGGCAUGUCUCCCCUCUCCAUGGCGCACGGCUCCGUGGCCCCCUUCUCGCCGCCUCAAUCCGUCCCGGCAUAUCCUCAGGAUGUGUUGGAUCAGUCUUACUUGCCUGUGGAGAUGCAUCCCGACAACUCUUGCUUUACGGCCGAAUUGUCACAGGAAGUCAAGAUGAUGGCUGGCCCUGGUAUGGACAUGAACGACCCUUUGGCUCCUAUCUUGAUGGGAGGAGAGCCAAUCCCGCCCUAUUAUACCGAUUCCCAUGGAUUCUCAGUCAAGUCCGAGAUGCCAGUGGAACCCAGAGUGCCUAUGUCUCAGGACUAUCCGAACUUUGGAAUGCAUGAGACGGCACCAGAUUGCCUCAACAACAUGGGCUCAUCUGGACCCUCGGACGCCUGGGACUCGUGCAUCAAUUGGGACUGCGAUCCGACUCAAGCCACCCGAUAA